CGCCUUGUUUCUUCGUGAUUGUGUAGAAAACUUGGUAUGGAAUCGUGAGAAUCAAUGCUAAAUCUUGACAUCUGGCAACUCUGGUUGGGCCUAAGAAAAUCUCUGUUCAGUACAAAUGGCAAUUAUCAGGAUAUCGAAAAAAUCAUCGUUCAUUUUCUUAGUGUGCUUGGUGGGUGUGAUGGAGCAGAAAGGCUAUGGCAGGGUUCUCUACAAUAGUAAUGAUGGCACCGUAGUCUCGGAAGAAAAGUGCCCCAUUUUACCCCAAAAUAAGCACUGCUAUUGCAGAGUCUUGGAGACGACCACGAUGGUAGGACAAAUCAAAAAGAAUGUCAAAAAUUUCGAUUUGAUUUGCGAAUAUAUGCGCGAACAAAAUAAUUUGCUAGAAUCCAUGCGAAUCCUAACAGAGACCGAACCUUCUCAUAAUAUCACCCUGUUCUUGAUAGAGAGCCGAUUCGACUCCAUAACCCAGUAUUCAUCCGAGAGGGGUUCCAAACAACAAAAGCCCUGUAACCUUCAGUCUUUAUUCCUCUAUCAUCCUCUGUUUAAAAACAUAACCCCGGAUGCAUUAGAACCCUUUUCCCAAAGCCUCGUUUCACUGUCACUAAUCGAUAAUUUAUACAGGCCGGAAAUGAGUGGGCCAAAGUUGGGAAUGAUUUACGAAGCCCUGAAAGUUCUUAAAAAUCUAGUAUACCUACAUUUACAAAUUCCGGAGGUAUCAGAAUUUGACGCCUCUAUCCUGGAUUCCUUUCCCAAGCUGAGCACUCUUACAUUGUUCUUACCCAACCUGGAGAUCAUCAAGAAUUCGAAAGGGUUUUUAGCCCUGAAAAAUUUGAAAACAUUAAAAUUCAAUAAUAAAUUGACUUACUUACCGCAAUCGAUAGUGACGCUCCCUCGGUUGGAGAACUUAUAUUUCCAAUCCGGUAUGCUGAUUACUCUCGAAAACACCACUCUGAAUGAGGUUGGCCUCGAAAUGAGGAAGCUCUAUUUGUCCAAAAACCAUAUCGAGAAAAUUCCGACCGGCACUUUCCAAAAGAUCAUUAAAUUAGAAGAUCUCGUUUUAUCUGGCAAUCAACUCGAAUCCCUACCUGCCCUGUGUUCGCCGUCGCAUUCUUCUAUCGAUAUCGCUGGAGGCAAAAAAGAAAAUAUGGCAGAGAAAAAUAAUAGCAAUUCUGAUAAAGCCGUCACCGAAAUUAGAAAUAUUGACAAUAAUUUGACUUUUAUAGACCUGUCCCAAAAUAAUUUCAAGGACGGGUCCCUGACCAAAGAUGUAUUUGCUAAUUGUAAAGUCCUUAAAAAAAUACUCCUGAACGAUAACCAUCUUUCCAAAUUGCCACCUGAUAUAUUAGAUGAUUCUCAAAAUAACCUACAAGAACUUUCUUUCAGCCAAAAUAAUUUUAAGGCGCUGCCCACCGCUCUCUUGUCCAAACUGAGUAAUCUUACUUACCUAAGCUUCGAUAAGAACGAAAUUCGGAAUGUGCCAAUUCAUGCUUUCAGAAAUAAUUCUAAGCUUCAGGAACUAUAUUUGAGCAUGAAUCCUCUGGAAGAGUUCGACAUGAAAACCCUAUUGCCGGCCAAGCAUUCCUUGUACUUCCUUGACCUUCAAUACAACCAUUUAAAAACCUUUGACUUUCAAAGUUUGCAGGAUUUCGAUAAUUUGACUCAUUUAGAUCUACGUUUCAAUAAUAUAACGAACGUCAAAGGAUUAGUGGAUUUGGAAUUACUAAAUCAUCAUAUAUAUUCCAUCUCGUUACAAGGAAAUCCCCUGGUCUGCGACUGUGAUUUUAUGUCACUGGCUCAAUGGUUCCACGAAACAUCUGGCUUAUUCACUUUCCCGGAAAAACUGGAAUUGACAACUUGUACAAAUCCUUCAAAGGGUCUAAACAAAAUCAACAUACUGAAUAAAACUCUUAUCGAUAUCUUGCUGCCUGACUGCCAACCACGUUCGUCGGCAAAUGCAAGCAAUACUAAGAAUUAUUCUUCCCCACGAGCAGAAAUAAUGGGUUUCGAGGGAAAAUCGGGCGGACAAACCUCUAAAAAGACAAAAGCUAUCAUAGCGGUAACGACCAUCUUAGCGAUAAUCGCGAUCAUCGUUUUCGUAGAAUUAGUGAUAGGCGCGGGCUUUUUCAAGAGAUUUAAAAUAGGGAACCCCUUAUUUAUCAGAUUUUCUUCCCCUUUCGCACACGGAAGCGGUAGCCGAAAUUCUUGGAAUACCGGAACAUCUGAUCACAUCAAAUUCGUCAAUAAAGAAGACGUCGAGAACUCCACCCUGCCCAUGUCUUCGGCAUAGUUAGCAUAUUCUCCCGCACAAUUAUAUUUAAUUUCAACGUGUAAUAUAUUCUAUAGCAAACUUAACCAGUGAAGCUUUCAUAAUCUUAUAUGUAUCCCUUUUCUAAACCUUAAUUAUAUAUUAUAUAUAUACACGUAUGGUAUAAUAAACACGAUGUAUUUUUAAUUUUAAAUUAAAGGACUCCGAUUGGUGGAAUAUUGAAUAGAUCCUAUAUCCACCGCUUUUCGAGCAGCAUCUAAUCAAUACUACUGAGCUUUUAGGUCCACAGUCCUGAUAGCGUGCUCCCUCACCGAUGGCUAAAAUAUAAUAUUGACCCCUCGAGUUAACCCCUUUAAAUUUUAAUAACCUAAUAGUAUCGUAAAUUCCCCCUACCCUCUCCCCCGAGAACAGUGUGAUAAUCCAUUAUAUAUAUUAUUAUUAUACUAUUUUCAAUAGGAUAUUUAUUUCUUUUAUUCCUUCAAUAUUCUAAUGAAAAAUGGUCUUGUGGCAGUAUAAUAAAUCCCAAUUUUUUC